AGGAGGAUGUUACAGUAAAAGAAGAGGAAGAGAAAGAGGAGGAUGUUACAGUAAAACGAGAGGAGGAAGAGGAGGAUGCAGUUUUUGGAGUGAAAGAGGAGGAGGGGGAGAUGACUGUCACAUCGAAAAAGGAGGAGGAACCUGGAUAUCUGGGCCCUGUUUCCCAAAUGCAACUUAAGGCAUCCAAUGGUUUUAACGAUGAACUCAACCGUAAGAUGUGUUUGAAAAUCCGUUCCCUGAUGAACACUAGAGAGAGACCUGACUCUUGUGGAUCCUCUGGGGAGCCUCAACAACAUCAUGAUGCUGACGAGGCAGAGAAAAGUCUCUCCACAUCAGAACAAACCAAGAAACACCAGCAGAGACCCACAGGGAAGAAACCUCACCACUGCUCUGACUUUAGAAAGAGUUACUCAAGAUCAUAUUCACUAAAAGUACACCAGAGAAUUCACACAGGAGAGAGAACAUAUCGCUGUAAUCAAUGUGGAAAGAGGUUUGCUCACUUCAAAACACUGAUAUUACACCAGAGAAUGCACACUGGGGAGAAAUGUCACAGCUGCUCUGAUUGUGGGAAGAGAUGCACCUCUUCAGCAUCCCUUAAAAUACACCAGAGAAUCCAUACAGGAGAGAAACCGUAUAGCUGCUCUGACUGUGGGAAGAGUUUUUUUUGGUCAGGACAUUUAAAAUCACACCAGAGAAUACACACGGGAGAGAAACCUUAUAGCUGUGACCAAUGUGGGAAGACUUUUACUCAGUCAAACAACCUGAUAUCACACCAGAGAACACACACAGGCGAGAAGCCUUACCACUGCUCUGACUGCGGUAAGAGUUUCUCCAGAACAGAUACACUAAAAGUACACCAGAGAAUCCAUACAGGAGAGAAACGUUAUAGCUGCUCUGACUGUGGGAGGAGAUUUUUUUGGUCAGGACAUUUAAAAUCACACCAGAGAAGACACACUGGAGAGAAGCCUUAUAGCUGUGAUCAAUGUGGGAAGACUUUUACUCAGUCAAGCAACCUGAUAGCACACAGGAGAACACACACAAGAGAGAAAUAUCACAGCUGCUCUGAUUGUGGGAAGAGAUGUACCUCUUUAGUAACCCUUAAAAUACAUGAGAGAAUCCAUACAGGAGCGAAAUGUUAUAGCUGUGAUCAAUGUGGGAAGAGUUUUACUCAGUCAAACAACCUGAUAUCACACCAGAGAACACAUACAGGGGAGAAGCCUUACCACUGUUCUGACUGCGGGAAGAGUUUUUCCAGAUCAGAUUCUCUAAAAAGACACCGGAGAACACACACAGGUGAGAAAUCUCAUAGCUGUGAACAAUGUGACAAGAGAUACUCUGAUAAAAGAUCUCUGAUUAAACAUCAGAAAAUACAUACAUGAAAGAGUUGUUUCAUGAUAUCAAUGAAAUGAUGUCACAAUAUAGAAUGUUUUAACAUUGUAGUAGGAGUAUUUUAAUGAUGUCACAAUGUAGAAUGUUUUAACAUUGUAGUAGGAGUAUUCUAAUGAUGUCAUAAUGUAGAUAUGACAUAUAUGAUAUCAAUGAAAUAAUAAUGAGUAUUUUAAUGAUGUUCUAUUGAUUUCAGUGUAACAUGGAUAUUAUAUAGCCUGAUAGCCUCAUCAGGGAAAAAUCCAGGUUCUGAAUUGAAAGAUUACUAUCUGACAAAAAAAGUGUUGCGUUUACACUUACCGCAUUGGUGACCUACUUGAAUUAAAAUGCAACACAUCAAAAUGUAGCUGUUUGCUACUAAUUGUUGUGUAACCGGUGAUGUACAUAUUAUUCCCAGAUUCCUUGUGGUUUUUGAUCUGCUAGUUUGAACAGGAUAUGACGUCACCGCCCCCCCCGCACAAUUUAUUUCCAAGUGAUAUCGAUAUGAGUGAUGACAAAUAAGUGUUGCAUUUCUCUUCGUUUUGGGGACCCCUACAUUUAAAUGCAUCACUCCAAAAAUGUACAUGACUGUCUUCUGCUAGUUGUCGUUAUUCCACUACUGAAGAAGCAUGUCUCAAAUCACCUCAUAUUUCAAACAUCCAGCCUGACAAAAUAUACAUGUUUUAUUAUUCCAUGCCUCACCAUUAAGUGAAUUGUUGCUAAUACCCAUUAACAAAGGAGUGUACAUUUGGUUUUGAUAUUGAAUAUUUCAUAACAUUUUCAAUUCAUGUAACAUUUGCAACCAACUUACAAUUUGUAUAAAUGUUUAUGAAACAAUGUAAUAAAACUAGCUUAUAUUUCUGGUUGGGUAUUACAUCCUAUUCUAACUAUUUUAAUCAAUGUAAUUUCCUUAGAAUGAUCAUUAGUCUUUUCAGUUUUUAUUGUUAUUCUUUAGUUUUUUUAUCCUCAUAUUAGUUUUUAUUUCAUUGUUUUCCAUUAGUUAUUUUCUGUGAAGCCAUGUUGAAAUGUUCUGUA